UUUUUCUUCAUUCCUAUUCAAUCACAUUAAGACCGCACGAGUCAAAUCUAAGAUGGAAGGCCCCCUCAGCCCCACAAGACCAGUUCAAAUCACCCUCAUCUCAUAUGGCCAUGCUAACGGGCCUGUGGUACAACAACCUCGGAAGGCCCGAUAUCACCAAACCUUAGCCUACAACAUUCGACACUUGCCUAACCCACCCCGCCAUCUGCGGGUCAAAGCAACCGGCCUGUCGCGGCGGUUGCAGAAGGAGUUCCUCCAGAAUGAUGCGGUCGAGGCCUUCUUGGUCAAGGUCCAACACGAGAUAGUCAAUGCGGUCCAAGAAAGCUGCGCACAGCCGCUGCGUUCCACAGCGCAGGAAGAAAUUCAUGAGGGGGCCUCGCAGACUGAUACGCCCCAGAUUGGGGAUGGCCAUUCCAGGGAAGAGCCCGACGGCGACGGCACAGAUGUCGAGAUCGUGGUGACAAUAUGUUGCGAGGAGGGCCGUCAUCGGAGUGUGGCGUUUGUGGAGGAGCUCGCUCGACGGCUGGCUACCGUCGAAGAAGGGGAUGGUGUUCUGCAGCGCUGGGUAAUGAAUGUGAACAAAAUGCAUCGCGAUAUUGAAGAUGGCGGGAAUUUUGAGCAAUCUCAAGGUCAGGGCAGCCGUCCAAACAAGGUUCAGGCUCAGACUCGACAGCGAGAACGACGUGAGAAGAGAAAUCGGUUUGGACCGCGGCUUGGAGACGAGGAUGACACGGACCAUAUUCAUUGAUUCUAUAGUAAAUUGUUUUAUAUGUGCGGUAUAGAGGCUACACUAUGUACAUCAAUGCAUCUCUGCGCAGACCUAAGUAGCAUAUACUUUCUUGCCC